UCCAGAGAACACUUUGCAUUCAUUGAGAAAAGCAAGGAACCCUCUAAAAUUAUGGACAGUCCCAAGGCACCCUUUGAAAUUAUGGACAGUCCCGAGCACCCUUUGAAAUUAUGGACAGUCCUGAGGCACCCUUUGAAAUUAUGGACAGUCCCGAGGCACCCUUUGAAAUUAUGGACAGUCCCGAGGCACCCUUUUGAAAUUAUGGACAGUCCCGAGCACCCUUUGAAAUUAUGGACAGUCCCGAGCACCCUUUGAAAUUAUGGACAGUCCCGAGGCACCCUUUGAAAUUAUGGACAGUUCCGAGGCACCCUUUUGAAAUUAUGGACAGUCCCGAGGCACCCUUUGAAAUUAUGGACAGUCCCAAGGCACCCUUUUGAAAUUAUGGACAGUCCCAAGGCACCCUUUGAAAUUAUGGACAGUCCCGAGGCACCCUUUGAAAUUAUGGACAGUCCCGAGGCACCCUUUUGAAA